AGGGUGUAAAAUAGGGGAGGAUUCAGACCUGGUCACAUUUUGAGUGAUGUUCUCUCAGACAGCUCAGUAAACGGCUGAUAAAAAUGCUUCAUGGGUUACUUUUGUUUGGUUUGUGCUUCUGGCGUCUCGUUGGUGUGUUUGGGGUUGAGGCAGAUGAAAUCGAGUCGUUGUUGGUGAUAGAGGGCGAUUCUGUCUCCCUACCGACUGGUGUGACUAAAAUACAAGAGGACGAUCUGAUCAUGUGGACAUGCGGAGACUAUUGCAUCGCUAAACUCAACAUUUCAUCCGAAGUCAUCGCUGAAACUCAUGACAGAUUCAGAGACAGACUGCAGCUGGAUCAUCAGACUGGAUCUCUGAUCAUCACAAACACCAGAACCACAGACUCUGGACUUUAUAAAGCACAGAUGAUUGGACAACAAGUGUCUAGGAAAACGUUCAAUGUUACUGUCAUUGCUCGUCUUCCCGUUCCUGUCAUCACCAGUUACUGUCCUCAAAAUCCUCCAUCAGGAUCAUCAGUGUCCAGAUGUGUGCUGCUGUGUUCAGUGGUGAAUGUGGGUCAUGUGACUCUCUCCUGGUACAAAGGAAACAGUUUAUUGUCCAGCAUCAGUGUGUCUGAUCUCAGCAUCAGUCUCUCUCUACCUCUGGAGGUGGAAUAUCAGGAUAAAAACAGCUACAGCUGUGUGCUCAACAAUCCCAUCAGCAACCAGACUCAACAUCUGGACAUCACUCAGCUCUGUCAACCAUGUUCAGAAUGUGUCUGCUGUUGCAAUUCGACUGAAGCUGUGAUCCAAUUGGUCGUCUCUGCUCUGGUGGGCGUGGCUAUUGUUGUCGUUCUGGUUUAUGACAUCAGAUCCAGAAAAGCUGAAGAGAAAAGAAGAGCUCGGAAAUCAUCAUCAGAUCAUAACUGACUUACUGUAACAAGAAUAUUAAAAAUGGGAGCUGGGUAGUAACUUUCAUCUUCAAAUAUACCUUUUUUAAAAAGCCUACUGCUAUUCUGAAUUCUGAAUAUACUGUAUAUUCACAAAGUCUUCCAGUUUUGUGGACAUUCACACAGAGACCAGUCUCUAGUCAAGUGGCUAUAACUCACUGAGGACAUACAGCAUCCGACCACUGGUUUUACAGAAAUCAUUUCAGUUUUAAUCAUUUCAAUUGGGACGUUUAAGUAAUUUUUAUAAACGUGCCUUAAAACAACAUUACUGAUGCCCCUAUGAAUACCCAGUUUGCUCAGAGCUAAUAAAGAAUUUUGAUUCUAGUGCAAUCACAUUUAAAGCUCUGCUUACUUAACACUUUCUGCUGUUUUUGUGGUCUUGGUAGGUAGCAGACCUGACAGGAAGUUGGUUAGUUUUGCAAAAAAAACAACAACUUAUGACUUCAGAAGAACUUGCCCUUUACUGGCAGUACAUAAAUACUUUUACACAAAACUUUCAGAAAGUUUUCUAUGGCCUAAACUGACCUACGGGAACUUUUGAACUUUUACACACUUACACACUUCUGUUUGAGAACCAAGUUUACUUUUUAGCAACCCACCACAGUAAAAGUCUUAUAUGGCUGUGUAUUACAUCAUAUAUUUCCUCCAGAGCACGUAUUCAUUCUACAGAACUGAUGCACCAUUAGUACAAGUGGUUACCCUGUUAUGAAAUGUCAUCAUUGUUGAUUAUGAUGGUCGUCACUGAGAGAUUUGUCUUGAUAUUGUUUUAAUAAUGCCAUGCAAUGCUUUUCUUUGUAUUUAAUGUAGUAAAUAGCUAAUCAUUAUAAUCAAAGCCUCGCCAUUGUGCAUUUAUGCGAUUAUCAGUUAAUCUUUUAACGGUGUAAUUAUUUAUUUAAAACACACGUGGCAUUACA